UUUCUCGAGAGUUGCGAUCGCGGCUCUUUUUAAAUCCCGUCGAUCGAACAGAUCAGUAAGGAGACGCAGAAGUCGAUGCCAUGGCGGAGCACGAUUUCUUCCAGAUCGAGAAGCAGAACGCGGCCAGAUACGGUGUCGUGGAUGGAAGAAGCUCCGCGCGAGGGAUCCAAAGCGUGGUGUCGAGGAUCAACCCGCAGCUUCUCCGGAGCGUGAUUGCCCCCGGUCCCGCCUCGAUGUGGCCGGCGAACGCCGCCUUACUUUUGUCUUCUUCGUCUCCGCCGCCGGUGACGGCCCCGAACCCCUCCAUCAGAUCGGUUACGGAGAUUUCAAAGGAGACGAUGCCGCUGACGAUCUUUUACAGAGGCACGGUGGCCGUUUUUGACCUACCACGAGACAAGACGGAGGCGAUUUUGAAACUGGCAGAGACGGCAAAUGCCGACAAUGUAAUUGGCGGAACGGAAGGCAUGAGUUUGCCGGAGGACCUGCUUCCGAUGUCUCGGAGGAAGUCACUGCGGCGAUUCCUCGCGAAACGCAAGCAGAGGUUGACCGAGUCAGGUCCAUACGUGAAGGUGAAGGAGGUGGAAGAUUCGGGGAAGAUUAGGUUUCGGUCUUCGCAAGCUGGCGUUGCGUGCUGCUCGCUCAGGCCUGAAUCGCGUUUAGGUGGCCAGGGAUGAGUUGCUUGCUGCGUGCCUGAUUAAUUAAGCAUUACGUGUUUUAUUUAGUUUGAUAUGCAUGAUUUUAACUAUAUAUAUGGUUUCUGGUAAAUGUUCCGAAUAAACAUAUACAAUGAAUUAAUGAC